GCUGUCUGUAAACUGAAAUUGUACAUUGUACAUGGAUUUAUAAAAAAAGUCUCAGUAGAAUAAAGGAACUGGGAUGUGUGACGAGAGUGAGUUUUGAGUUUAAUGAUUACUUUUCUCUAAUGGACAACUUUCUGUAUUACGAGGUAUAAAGCCCCAAAGUAAAUCUAAGGCUUUCAUAAUAUAAUAUUUAUGAUUUCUUGUAAUUAGUAAGUUUAGCCAUAAAGUUUUAUCUUUCAGUCAGGAGUGUGUGCCACAUAAAACUAUAUGUGAAAGAAGACAUUCUGGAGCAUUCGUACUUCCAUGUGAAACCAAACGAGACCCAGCAAUUGAAUUGUUCAUUGAAGAAUUAUUCUUUAUAAAAUUGUCAAAGAAAACUCGAUUCCAUAAUUUUAUUUCCUUCUUUAGCACAAGGAAGGGAAGAGAUUGGUUUCAACCAGGGUGCAUAAACUUUUUUGUUGUCCGUGGUUUCUCCUUAGGAACCACGGACAACAAAAAAGUUUAUGCACCCUGGGUUGCAACCCAUGGAGAGCGAAUACAUACAUUCGAUCAAAGAAUUGUUAUCCUUAGGGAAUUGCAAAUUAGGGUUUAAACAAAUAAAAAUCCACAAAUAGAAAUGUUUUUUUUCUUUGAAAAUGUCAACGAAAACUAAACAUUGCCCCACUCGAUUGUGUCAUAAUGCACGCCACGCUUGAGGAUACAGGUGCAGGAGAAACUUUGCGAAAACGACUAAAACGGAAGUGUGUAGUAAAAGUACACAAGUCUCAGAUUUGGGCGACCAUGAACAUUGUAUGGAGUUACGCGACGAUAAUGGCAGCGGUUCAAGCACCGUGGAGAAAGUCCCAUCAGAUAUCUAAUGCUCCCAAGUGUGUGUGUGGAUCAUGAACAUUCGCAAUAAAGACGCGCACCGAGUUGGACGUGUCUCACUUUCCUUCCUCUUCAACAACUGGGAUCAUUUUACUGUUCGAUAUAAAGAUCAAAGAAGCAGGAACCGGAAACCCUGGGAAGAAUCUCAUUUUGUUCUGACGACAGAAGCAGGUGGUGUUCUUUCACAUGCUCAUAAUUCCAAUACCAUUAUGUUGAACAUAAAUAAUUCAGCAGGUGGACUCGUCUACUGCUCGUCAGUUUCACAAAUAAAUUCCACAAUGGAAAGUAACAAUCUGAGACACACUAUUACAUCCCUUCUUGGCACGACGCUGGCUUUGGCAACAAUCUUUCUGAAUAGCUUCCUCCUUUACACCAUCUUUACAAAAUCUGUCAUCAGGCCACUGAACGCUUUAAUUGCCAAUCUUGCCUUCGUCUCUAUAAUUUCGGCAGGACUGGGUGCCGUUUAUAUUAGUGGGUUGGACGUCGUCUUGCAGAAUUUGUGGAUUUGCUCGGUCUUCUCGUAUUUUAGGAAUGUUGGUAUUAGCCUGAUUUCUCUCUCCGUCCUAAGCAUCAGCUACGAACGCGUCAGAAAAGUGGACCCGUCCGGUGCUGGCGUGGAGGGAAAACUUUUGGUGGGGCGCUUAAUUGGAGGAAUUUGGAUACUUUCUCUUAUAGGCGCAAUCCCAUCUUUAUUUGUCACCGUCCUCGUGCACCACACCCACUCGGACCAAACAGUUCACUACGUUUGUAUGAAAGCUCCACCCGGUGACUAUUUCUGUGCUGGGCUUAUGUACGAGGUGAUGAGGUCUUUGAUCUUCCACGUGGCGAUCCCGGUUUAUAUGAUGUUCGAGCUCUAUCGGAUUCGAGCAACUUUGAAGCAUUUCUUUCAUUUUACGGUGCCGUGUCUUCGGAUGCAGAGACGAGUCCGUCGGAUACGAUUUAUAUAUAUCAAUUCCAUGGUUUUCGUCCUCCUAUGGGUCCCCUUCGGUGUGGGCGUGUCGAUUUAUAAGAAUACAACUUUACAAGCGAGAUACGAUAGAUUUAUGCAGCAUCCCGAAUUGGACUGUGAGGAUGGAGUCAGAUCGAACUCGUUCUACAUCUUGGUCUCACUCUUCUACUGCUACGUCCUCCUUUUGCCAGUCCUCAUAUUCUGCAGCAAUGACGCUUUCUCCUCUAAUCUACAGUCGUGUAAGGGGAAAAAAGAGAAGCACAAGGUUCUUGACACGAACUGCAGAGACGAGGAGGAUAAUACAUGUGGUGACAUUGGCAAUACUGUUACGAGGAGGGAAGGAGAUACCACGUUUGCUCGUACUAGUGUGAGUGGUGGAGAUGAGUUUAUUGUGAUGAAUCUACAGCAGAAUGGAUUAAGUAUUGAAGAUGACAGGAAGUGGAAGGAGAAAGCAAGUAGUGACGAUAAACUGAAAAUGUCAGUGUCUACUAAUACGAUCGAAGAUGGUAAUACUUGUCCCUCCUGCGUACCUGGAGAGGUUCUCAUCUGACAGAUUUCCGACGCACGAGGAAAACAAGUAUUGCUCACUGAACAAAGAUAAUUAGCAGGGAGACAUACAUAACUGUUUUGUGAUUAUGUAACAAUGUUUACAAGAGUUUUAAUUGUUACCGAUGUAAUUAAGCGUAAGGUUGUGAAGAUACAUUAAUAGUUACACGCAUUUAUAGUGCGUUAUUGUACCUUGUGGAUCUGGAUGAGAUAACGAUGUGAUUUAGGAUUGAAAGACUUGUUAACUUUUGUUAUAUUCUUGAUACAUUGAAAAUAAAAGCAUACAA